AUCUACAAUAUGUAUCAAUCGUCUUCUUCAUCUCCAUCUCCCCAUCUUCCAUAUACCUAUGGAGUCAUUGACAAGGAUGGAAAUGUUCAUUCCCAUGAAAUGCAUUUUCCGGAUAAUCAUGGAAAUCCUUCGCCACUCGAUGCUACACAAAUGUACCAACAGGCUCCAGUUCAAUAUGGUGGUGGAGAUCAAUAUUUUGAUGAUUUUGGGCAAUACUUUGUUCAAUCGUACGAUCCAGCACAACAAUCGACACCAGUGCAUCCAAUGUUUGGAAGUCUCGAUAUGAUGAAUUGCUACUCACAACAGUAUCCCCAAAUUGGACAAGACUAUCAACAACAGGAAAUCGAAAAUAUUCCACCAGUCUCUACAAAUCGCAAAAUUGUGAACAAAAAGCCCUCAACGUUCCACACGAACUCUGUCUGCUCCAAUCCAAAUUGUAGAACUCGUGAGACAACUCUAUGGAGAAGAACUGAUUCAGGAGCUAUUGAGUGCAACGGUUGCUCCCUGUACUUCCGAAAAAAUGGGAUUCAAAGACCAGCCGAGUUGUGCCGUAAAACAAUAAUGAAAAGAAACCGACGCCCACGUGCCGAAGUACAAUCUCCAACACCAGAAGACUCGAAACUAUGUCAUAAUACUACUCCACUACAGAACAUUCCAUCACAACAUUUCUCUUAAAUUUAUCUUAUCUUUUUAUGUGUAUGCUCCUUUGUUCCUUUUGAUGAUCUCUAAAUGAAUGUGACAGUUCUACU